AUGAAUUAUUCACUUAUUAUAAGCUUUUUACUAAGUAUAAUUUUAUCAGCUUAUACUUUAGAUACCAACUCUAAUUCAGAAAAUUAUGUUUACUCUCCACUACAUCUUAACUUGCUUACCUCGUCUGAUGAAAAAUGGACUCCUUUUCAGGUAAAUAUUGCUUAUUAGAGCGGUUUGUUAUUUGUGGCUUCAGGUUUUAAUGGAAUUACUAUUUCAGAUUAGAUUGGAAGCAAAAUUCUACAUACAUAAAAUUUAGGAUCUAAGUUUGUAAAACAAAUUUAGAUCACUUUAGAUGGGUAGUUCAUCUUUCUAUGUUUUGAAAAUUCUUUGAUGGUAGUUUAGAUGAUCUACAACUAUGAAUAGACCAAUUUUAGUGUUUCCAAUUUUACUCAAUUACAGAUAGUAGAAUAUAAAACUUCAGUAUCAAGUCUUCUUUAUACAGAAGAUGAAGAGUUUUUGAUUGUUGCAUGCUUCGGUGGACUGAUAGCAGCGUACGAUACUACAAACAAAUCAAAUUUAUAUUUAAUAGGGUCUAUUAAUCUUUAGGUUUAACAAUUUGAUGGGCUUUUUCUUUCUAAAAAUAAAAAAUGGCUAUACUCUGCUGCAAAUACAAAAGGAGUGGUAAUUAUAAACCUUUAAGACUCCUCAUCUAACUAACAAAACAAUAAUUUAAGAACCAUGAAUCUUAUUUUUGCAGGAUAUGGAUCUUACGGAUAUAUUGAUAAUUUUUGCGUAGCAACAUCAGAUGGAUAUAUUUAUGGGAUUGAUGGUUGGUAGGGAUUCUUUUUAUCAAAUGCUUCAAUUAUUGCUUAAAGCAAAUAGUCAGAUUAUCCAAUAAAAAUUUAAUUUUAAUAAUACUGGCCUUUUUAAAUUAUUCCUACUAUCUAAUCUAUUACAAUUAAUAAAGAUGAAACGUAUAUAUUUUUAGGAGUAAGAUCAUAAGGAAUUUACAUAUUUGAUAUUAGGGACAGAGAAAAUCUAAAAAUAUUUUAACAAAUCAAAGCAGACUCAUUAGCUUAUUCAAUAGCUUUCUCAAAAAAUGAAGAGUACUUAUAUUUAUCAAAUGCAUCUAGUUUACUUACUUUUUAGAGGACAGAAAUUAAUUUAAAUGACGAUUUCCCAAAUUUAUUUAACACUCACCAAAUCAAAUUCAAUCAAUUAUCAAACUUACCAUUUAAAUAGAAAUGUUACACAGAUUAAUCAGACUCAUACUUAAUUGGCGCAUUUUAAAAAAGUAUAUUUGUAUUCCCAAUUCAUCAAAAUCCAUACAGAUUAAAUGUUUCUGAUUACCAAAAAUAUGAUAUUUAAGCUAAUUCCAUUUAUCUUGAAGAUAGUGGAUAAUAUUUAAUUGUUCCUUCUUAUUUUUCUACUUAAUUAUUAAGUGUUUAUUAAUACAAUACUUUAAAUUACUCAAAUUAAUAAAGCAUGUCAUUAAUGAAUAUGAAUUUGAUUAAGUAAUAUUAAAAUAGCAUAGCUAAAGUAAGUGAAAUGAUAACUUUUAGCCAAGAUAGAACUUUUGCUGUUCAAACAUACUAAACAGGGCUUAUAUUAUAUAAUUCUACUGAUAUUUUUAAUAUGCAAAUCUAUUGUUACUAUCAGUACCUAGAUAGUAUACAUGGUCAAAACUAAGGCGCAUGCAUUACAAGAGAUAACUAAUGGGUUUUAAGCACUGUCAGAAAUUUUGGUGUUUAUUUGCUAAAUGUAGAAAACAAAACGAAUCCUAUACUUACUGAUCACUUAGUUACCUUAGGAGGUGAAAACAUAAUAAUCUCAGAAUCAUAGAAUUACGCCUAUUUGAUAGAUGGAUUUUAGGGUUUUGCAAUAAUUGAUAUCAAUGAUUUCCCAAAGAUAAGUAUUAUAUCUAGAAUUGAUUUAAAGGCAUAUCUUGUUAUGGGAUUACCCAUAUUGAAAGAGUAAUAUAUCUUAAUAACAUAAGAAAAUAAUGUUUUGAUAACUCUUAUUGAUAUAAGGAAUAAGAAAUUUCCUUAUGUAGUUAACACUAUCAACUAUUAAUCACAAAGUGGAGAAGCAGUUUGCAUACCAUAAACAUAAGAUCAUCUUUUCAUAACAACAUAGAAUGGCAUAAUUACAAUUCCUAUUUUUAGCGAUGUUAAAAUUCAUACUGAUGUUAAUCUAAUUAUAAAUAGUUUUAAUACAGGUCUUACAUAAGCAUAGAAAGUGCAAAAGACAAACUAUAUUAACAAUCAAAGCAUUAUAUAGGUGAAUAAUGAGUUUUUAUUCUAGGUAGGUGAAGUAAUUCAGCUAAAUUUUAAUAUAAUUUAUCCAACAGCUGAAACUAUGUAAAUAAGUAAAAUAUUUUUCUACUAAGACGGAUUGAUGGCAGAUUUACCUUCAUUUUUCUUGUUUAGCUUAUUUGGAUAAUUUAUUUAAAUGAACAUUGAUAAAUCUUUACUUGGAGGUAGUUAAUCUCAAAUAUAAAUGAAUUUCAUAUUACUUUGGACAGUAAUUCCAGUGGACCAAACUUCAUUUAUAUUUAUUUCUUAAGAUUCUGAUGAUUAAGCAGUAACUAACUCAAGCUAAUCAGCACUCAUUUAUGAAUAUCUUUAAGAAAUUGAUAUACUAGACUCAAAUAAUUUUUUAACUCCAAAAUAUGAUUUCUAAUAAGGAGUAAUUUUAAAUGAAAUAUUUUAAAAAUAACUGAUUGAUCCUUCUCUUUAUAAUCAAUAAAUUUAUAAUAGAAUAAUGUAACAAAUAGUUAAAAAAAUAAACUUUGUUCUUUCAAGAACGUGCUACAUAAAUCCUUUUAAAUUUUAUGUGAAAUCUUCUCUUUCUUUUGACAACGAAAAUGUAUAAUAAUUCAUUUCCACAAUUGAAACUGAAGAUAUAACUGUAAUACUACAAGUGAAUUCUGAUGAUGGUAAAAUAGUAUCAGUUAACCCAUCUAGUGUUACAGCUUAUAUGUCAGUUAACCAAGAUGAGUUGAAAAUAGAGGGUAGCCUUGAAAAUGUAAAUGCUUUCUUACAAUCAAAGGUAAUAUUUUCAAAUAACACUCAAAUAAAUAGUUAAAAUUCUCCAUAAAUUACAAUAACUAUUUAAGAUAACGUAAAUUAUCCUUUGAUUCUGAGAUAUAAUAUCAGUGUAAGUAAUUUUAUAGCCAUCAAAAAAUAACUAAAACUAAAUCCAGAGAGUAGUUUACAGUAGUAAGUAGAAAAUCAGUUUAAAGAUAGUGUGGUGGAUAUCGAAUCUAGCAUUUAAAUUUCCUUUUCUUAAAAAUCAUUUGAAGUAGAAGACGUUUAAGUAUUAAAUUAUUAAUAUUAUUGCUAGGAUUAAAAUGGUGAUUAUAUUUUAUUUCCAACAUAUUUAUGGUUAUAAUAACAAAGUGAAUAAUUAAGCUUUAAAGGAUAAACUACUCGAAGCAUGUUUGGAAUGACAUAUAGGUUUAAGAUUGUUGCAUCAGAUGGCUACACAAGUGCAGAAGAUUAUUUUUAUCUUCACGUUAAUGGUAUUCCAUAUUAAUAUAUUAUUAAUUUGCUAUUGAAAAUUUUAGGACCAAUUUUUGCUUUACUUGGGCUCUACGAGUAUAGAUCUAAGUUUUUAAACAUUUUAAUAUCUCAAUAAGUUACAUUUUCUGAUGAAAUAAUUGAAGUUGGUUAGAUUUAUCACAAAGAAAUUAUUCUUCUUGAUAAUAUUUAAUAAAUUUCAAAAGAUAUAAUUGAUUAGCUCUUUCGAAAAAUUUAAAACUAGGAAGGUGUUUAAUUAUUUGAAUAAGGUAAACAAAGUGAAAAUAAUUUAAAUAAAUAAAAUGUAAAUUACUAAUAAAAAAACAUAUUAGAAAAUAAGAACCAUAAUUUUAAUUUAAAUAUGUUAAAACAAUAAAAGUAAUAAGACCUUUUAAAAAUAGCAAUAAAACUUGGAAAAUUAAAUGGUAAUUAUCAGUAAUCUAAAGUAGAAAAGAGAUAUUUAGAUAAUUAGGGAAAACUUCUUUUUUAAGUAGUUUUAGAAGAUAUAAAAAACUUGAAGAUAUAACCUAAUAAGAAUUAUUAAUAAUCAUAUGAGCAUUUUAUGUAAGAUAUAAUGGACACUGAUAAGAGAAUGUAUAGAGCUCUUAGAGCACAUGUUUCCUGGUAGCUUUUAAAAUAUGAUAAGAGAACAAAAUAAAUGUAUAAUUAUGUGAAAACAUAUUGUUUGAAAAACUCUUAAUUUAAUAAAAAUGACUGGUUUAAAAUGUUAGUUUAAAUUAAAUAUUAAAAAUACCAAAAAAACUAAUAAAAUCUAUCCAAGGAUUUCCCAAUAUUAGAAUUAAAAUUUUGUGUUUUAUUCAAAAUAUUUGAAUCAAUUGGACUUUUUUCUAAUUAAAUGCAACUCUAGGAAUGCCCAAAUACAUUCUGCUAAUUCAUUAAAUUAGUUUUAGAUUAUUAGGCAAAAAUUAACUUAUACUUACUCAGAGAAGUUAUUUUUGCAGAAACGCUUGGAUUUACUGAAAAAAAUUCUAAUAGUCUAAUACCUUCUUCAGGAUUGUCAAUCCACAUUAAUUCCAAUAAGAUAAAUUAAAUAAGCGCAUUUAAAAGAAAAAAAACAAAUGUAUGGCAAAAAUAUAUUUUUACAUUAUUAAAUAUUGAAUUUACAAAAUACCCUAUGUCAAAAAAUAGAAGAUUACCCUCAUGGAUAUCAGUUGAUUUAAAGUAUGGUAAAAUCAUAUUAACUGGAGAACCUUAGUAUUUUGACUCAGAAAGUAUAAUGAUUAAAAUUCUUGAUUUAGAUGGAUAUUGUAUUUAUCAAUAUUAACUAACUGUUAAGUUGAAUUAAGUAAAAUCAAAUAAAAAAAUUAUAAAUAAAUAUAUUGAUUAAAUUUAUUCUCAAAUUGAAUAUCAAGAUUAGAAAGAGGAAAGCCAUUUACUUAAACACCAAUCUAAUAACUCAUCUUAAAAGAAAGUUAUUUUAAGUGAUUAAUAUAUUAGCUAAGAAGAUAUUGUCUUAAAAAAAAAUAAUUCAGAAAAUAAGUUUUAAAUAUUGAACAUAAACAAUUAAUUAUCAUGUUUCUCAAAAAUUAAUUCAGAUAGCAAAUGUAUUUCAAUUAAAUGA